UAUAGCUUUCGGUAAGACGUACAAAAUGGCUGCCACUGAAGUCGAUGAGCUGUCCAGUGGAACUGAAAAAAUAAAUUUGUCUUCAGAAGAUGCAUCAAAACUAGAAACAUCUGUAUCAAAACCAGAGGCAUCAUCGGUAUCAAAAGCAGAGACAUUAAGUGAACAAGCCUCCUUGUUGGACCAGCUGAAGUUACUACCAGAACCCCCCAGUCUCAGCAAGGAACCAAUUGUUUUACAGCUGAGAGAGUUAAAUCCUUACAUCACCUGUGGUCUGUGUGGCGGUUACCUGUAUGAGGCAUCCACUAUCACAGAAUGCAUGCAUACCUUUUGCAAAACCUGCAUCGUACGAUACACAGAACGGAAUUUAACAUGUCCUAUAUGUGAUGCACCUAUUCAUCCCACAGACCCCUUUGUUCACAUAAGACAUGACAGUACCUUGCAGGACAUUGUGUACAGACUUUUACCAAAGGUAGCUGAAGUGGAACAGAAAAGAGAAAUAGAAUUUUAUGAAAAACAUGAACAGGAAACUGGAGAGGUCAUUCUUCCAAAGCUCCAGCUGCCCCCCUCCCCACCAAGCACCCCGCCUCCUCGAACAGACCAGCCGCCCCUCCCCAGCGAGUACAUACGCAAGAAGAAGAAGGAACCAUCACUAGGAAAUUUCAAGUCACUAUUUGUCUCCAUAGUUCUGACUCAGAUCAGCGAGCAGGAAGAUUCCGAUGAGGAGUUUGAACUCGAAAAACAAUUUGUAAGAGUUACCAAAAGAGCAACUAUAGAAAACGUCAUCAGCUUCAUAAAAAGGAAACUACACCUAGGAAAUGUUUAUGAUGUUGACCUUUUCCAUCCAGAGGAAAUUGACUGUACAGAAACCAUAGAGACCGACAUCACACUGGAGAGCAUUAGGGAUACAUAUUAUAGUGGUCAGGACUGUUUGAUUGAACUUCACUACAGGGUGCAUCCAAAAGAAGAAGAAAUGCUGGUACAGGGAGAUAUAACGUAGAACUACUUGUACUAGAGAAUUGUUCACUUUUAAUUAGCUUUUAUCACAUUGUUAUUGUUUUUGUUAGGCUCGGCCAAAUAAAAGAAACUUUUUAUCAAGUA